AUGAGUCGGAAUCACACCGAAUUUGAUCAAUUUCUAAGAAAGCAGAAAGAAGGAAUCACACCGAAUUUGUAUACACUCAUCAGCAUCUCAAAAGCAGUCGGGAAGUUAGGUGAUCUUGACAAGAGCAAGAUUGUUCACAGUUACGCAUCUGAAUUGGGCAUGGAGUCCAGUGUUCUUGUAGGAACUGCUCUUAUUGAUAUGUACGCCAAAUGCAAGUCUUUGUCUGAUGCCAGAUCAGUUUUUGACUUGAAUUUCACCAGUUGUAAAACCAAUCCGCCAUGGAAUGCAAUGAUCUCUGGCUAUUCACAGUGCGGUCACAACCAAGAAGCAUUGGAGCUCUUUGUGAGAAUGUGCGCAAACAAUAUAAAACCAGACAAAUACACUUACUGCAGUGUUUUCAAUGCAAUAGCUGCGUUGAAAUGUUUGCAUUUAGGAAAGGAAAUUCACUGGAUGGUUUUAAAGUCCGGGAUAGAAAUGAAAGUUACAAGCGUCUCCAAUGCAUAUGCCAAAUGUGAGUUGCUCGAAGACGUACAGAAGAGAGAAAAAGGCUUUACACUAAACGAGUUUACCAUUUCUAGUGUGCUUGUUGCAUGUGCCAGCUUUUGUUUCCUUGAGUAUGGUCAGCAAGUCCAUGGCCUCCUUUGCAAGGUUGGCUUGGACACAGAAAAGUGUAUAGAAAGUGCACUAGUCGACAUGUAUGCCAAAUGUGGUAAUAUAGCUGAGGCACAAGAGGUCUAUGAGAGGAUUUCUGAACCGGAUACAGUUUCAUGGACUGCUAUUAUAUCAGGCCAUGCUCAACAUGGGCUUGUCGAGGAUGCCCUUGAACUCCUUAAGAGAAUGGUGCAGAUGGGUGUGAAGGCGAAUGAUGUGACACUAUUGUGUGUUCUGUUUGCAUGCAGCCACCGUGGUAUGGUAAAAGAAGGCCUCAAUCAUUUUCAUCAAAUGGAAAAAUCAUAUGGGGUGGUGUCAAAGAUGGAACAUUAUGCUUGUAUUGUUGAUCUCUUAGGUCGUGCAGGCCGUCUUAAUGAUGCAAUGGAGUUCAUAGAAAGGAUGCCAAUUGAGCCCAACGAAAUGCUGCUCAGCUCUUCUUCAUGCUUGGGAGCGGAGCAUCGAGAUAAUUUUUCGGGCACAGGAGAUGUACUCAAGGGGCUGUGUAUAGGGUCAGGUAGCAGGAUUGAGUUCAUCGUUAAGGACCCUGGGGCUCACAACUAUUCAACAACAUCCACCGAUACAAAGCUAUUGAACCGUACAGCUGCACCGAAUUUCAUACCUCGUGAUAAGAGGUGCAGAGAAAGGGGUAUGCAACUUGUUCUCCUGACUUUGAGGAAAACCAAGUGGAAAUCCUAUUCUGAAGUCAGGCUUUUCAACUCAUUUGUUUAG